UGGCCACAGUGUUUACAAGCUCUCAGCAAGACACCCAUUACAGCCCACUUUGCAUAUCUUUUCCCCUCUAGAACAUGUCCAGUAUCCUAUUGUGAUAAAAGAUGUGGCAGUGCAGGAAGUGCGGGAAGCCCGUGUAUUUCGCGGAGCGAAAACAAUCGCUGGGGUUUGACUGGCAUCCCAAGUGUCUCAGGUGUGAGGAAUGUGGCAAAAGACUAAACCCAGGCCAGCAUGCAGAGCACAAAGGUGUGCCAUACUGCCACCACCCUUGUUAUGGAGCCCUCUUUGGGCCUCAGCUCUUUGGCCACGGGACACGGAACGAGUGCCACACCUCCUUCGGGAAAGUGGAAAAUAGAGAUGGACAAGUUAAAAGGUCACACUUGGAGGCUAAACUGAAGGCAUAUAAUCAGUAUUAUGAGGGGAAGCCAGGGGAGCUGAAGAGCAGGGAGGCAAAUGGCCGUGUGAUUUUGGAGGGUGUGCUGAAAAUCUAUUGGGGUGUGCGUAAUGUCAUUCACCUGAAAGAGGAGGAUGAUCAGCGCACCAUUGCUGUAAGGAGACGCUCGGGUGUGAACUCUGAGGCAUUCUAUCCUGAUAGUGAUGACGAGGACUCAUUCUUGUGGCGUGAUGACUCGCCCAAUGGCUGGCGAACACAGUCUCCAGGGACGCCAGUCAUCUCAAAGGGUACCACCUUUGCGAGGUCUAACUCAGACCGUUCUUCCUCUGGAAUGGACAACAGUGGCUCUUCCUCACCAGUGAUCUUGAACACUUGUUCUCCAGAGGAUGAGGGUGUGGGUAGUUUGAAGGGAACAGGACAUGCAGAAGGACAGGACAGUACAGUAGGUUGUGCUGUUGUGAGUGAGAAUAAUUCAAAAGAUGCAGAGGGAAAGCCUAGUAAAAGUCCAAGCAGUGAGGAUGUGAAAGGUGCCAAAAAUUCCCAAGUGCCAUCAACACCUGUAGGUAAGGAAGCUGUUUCAGAGCCAGACAGUAGUAUCGAAGUGCCAUCUCCACGGAAUGGACUGACUCCAAACAAAGAGGGCAGUGAUUCUCCAGUGCCUGAGGGAAAAGAUGUGGCUGAUUUAAAUGCAAGCAGUGACACUCAAACCCCUGCAAAGAAGACACCUGUCAAGACAGGAAGCACAGCCAUAAGGAGAAGGCCUGGGAGGCGAAUGGACAAAACCAAACUCAAGCGGCGAUGCUCCAUCAAUGGCCACUUCUACCUGCGUGAGACGAGCUCCUUCACACCCCCACAUGGCUCCCCCUGCAGUGUGUGGGUGACGUCCCUCAUCACCACGGAGGAAGUGCUCAAUAUGCUUCUAGAGAAGUACAGGGUGGAGAUGUCAUCUCGUAACUUUGCUCUCUUCGUGAUCAAGGACAAUGGAGAGAGGCGUCGUAUCAGAGAUGAUGAAUACCCACUCAUCACAAGAGUCAUGCUCGGCCCUCAUGAAGAAGUGGCUCGGUUCUUCAUAGUGGAUGCCCAUCAGACAGAUGAGAUUUCCCCUCAGGUGGCCCAGUUCCUCAACCUGAGUCUGGCCGAGUGUCGGGCCAUCUUGCUCCAGUACGAGCAGGAGGAGAUGAGGAACAUCAUUGCUGUUCGUCAGAAGUAUGAGAGUAUGGCUUUCUACAUCCAGAGAAGAAUGAAGGAGCUACGUGGUGUGUGAUGUGUAGUUGACAUAUCUAAACCAAAAGCCAGGAGACUUUCAGAGAAAUUUCUUGGCUAGCAAAGUGCCCUUGCUAUGUGAUGAAUAUAUGUAUAUGUAUAUGUAUAUAUAUCUCAGAACACUUUGUGAUUGUUGAAUUCUGGUAAUGAUUUAGCAAUGGAGUUUUAAGUUACAAGAGUUCUUGGAUUUGUUUUUAUACCAUUAUUAUUGUUUUAUUAUUCUACCAUUGAAGUUUACCUGAGUAGAUGAAUCUCAUACAUCUGUAUUUAUCACAGGUGUUUGUUUAAUUUUAAUUAUUAAUAAUCCAUAUACUGAUUUUUAAUGAAAAGAUGCAUCUGGCUCUAUAUGUUAGGACAUAUGUACUCUGCUGGUGUAUAAUCCAAUUUGCAAACCCAGCUUUCACGUUUGUCCAUGUGUUGGAAGUCCUAUUGUUGCAUCAUGAGUUCAGUUUAAAAGGUAAGUCACAACACACAGUUCUCUGGUCAUGCAGCCAGAGAUUAAAGGCCAUAUGCUGUAUCCCCUGUUGUGGGUCACAAAUACUAAAUGCUCUCUUUAGUUUCAUAAUCUUAAGUUAAGGAAUUUGGUGUUUUUAAAUAUUCUAACCAGUAGAUACUUUUUCAUGUAUUUAUUUGUAUUUAUUGAUAAGUGUAUUUUAUGUUGGUAUUUUAGUUUUAUUUCGUGAAUUUAUUAUUAUUAUUUUUUAUGCAAUUUAAAAAAAAUGUCAUCUUUGUUUUUUAUUUUUCUUUCCAGUCAUCAUUUAUUUAUAUGUUGUCAUAAAUAGCAAGUUAAUGUUGAAUCCUUUCUGAAGGAUAUGGCUGUAUUACUUAGCUAGAUUUUAUUUAUUUAUGGAAGUGUAUGUAAACUUGCAGACAUGACCCAGUGUCUAGUAAACUCUGGACUGUCAAGUUUAUAAACAUAGGUGUUUGACAGUAUUAACCUUCAUCAUCUUUUUUCUUCAGUAGCCUUUGUUGUAGAUCAUCAAGUGCAGUGGCAAAGUAUUUGAGUGUGUGUUACGGUUGCAAUCUUGAUGGGUGUUUGACAUGCCUUGCAGGUAUGGUUUGUGGGUAGGGGAAAACCUCACACAUUUGUUUGCUAUUGGGAAUCCAAAAGGAGCCUGUGGUUGGCUGUGCUAAGGAUAGAAAGAAUUGUAGAAAGGUUCCAUAGGUUUCAAAUUUGGUGUGGAUGGGGGAUGAUAUUAUGCUUUGAUUCCAAGAAAGAUGGUAGACGGAAUUGAUCAGCCUCAACUCUGAGGCAAGAUAGGUCAUUUGAUGGAAGGUUAAGGUUGACCUUAGAUUGAGGAAAGAUGCCUGUGCCUUGAUACUAUGAAAGAAGCUUUAACUGCUCAGUGAGUUGGAGAUUAGAUCAUGUGUAGUUUUCCCUUACACUUUAUGCAUAUUUUCUUUUCUCUCACUCUGUCUCAUUUGUCUUCUUUCUGUCUUCCUUCCAUAAUGUCAACUCCCCUCAUUGCUCAUCAUGUCCUUUAUAGGAUUUCUGUUGAAAGGAAUUGAAUGUAGAGAAUAGAGAGAUUUUUCAGUCUCAAUACAGGGACAAAUUUGUAAGUGUUAUUGGAAUAUUGUUUUUUUUUUAUGGUAAUAUGACUGGGAUAUUCCUGAGUCAUAUUUCCUUGUGGCAAAUGUUGAAAAAGAGGUAUAAAUGAGGUGAAUGACUUAACAGGGGAAGAUGUGUAGGUAUUCACUAACAUCCAUAGCUUUCUCUGGUUCAUCUCUUAGCUUUCAUUAGUGAACGUAUCUAUAAAUACAAGUCACACAUAUCUAAUUGUGAACAGUUACAUAGAUUGUUAUCACGUAGAUUGUAUAUUCUUGAAAAAAUAGCUUUGUUUGGCUAUACACAAAAGGGAAGUGUAAGGUUUACUUGACUGUGAUAGGCAAAAAAGCUAUAUGAUAAUUAUAUUGUCACAUCAUUCUUUGUGACCCAUACAUUAUGUAUACACAGUUCAUUUUGUGUUGCCUGAAUAUUAUCCCCUUGGUGAUGGGUGAAGAAAACUAAAAAAAAAACACGCUCUGGAGAUCAAUGGCAAAUCGCUGACUUUGAGCACAGGAGUUCGGUACAGCAAGCCGAAUCACCGGCUCGUAGUGCUUUGGUGCCGCCGCGGCGUACAGCCACACGCCACAGAUUGAGCGGUUUGUUUUGACUCCUCACAGCAUGAUCCGUCGGGAAAGGGGUUAAUUGCAUGUGAAGAUUCAAGGAAUGACUUAUGAUCUAAUUAUAUAUUAAUAAUGGGGGCCUUAGAAACCCAUGUUGUACAGGGUGUUGAGAAUUUAACAUCAGUUCAAAUUCUAAUAAGGUUUAUUACUCAUUGGUCGUAAAAGUCCUUGUCGUGAAAAAGAAAUGAGAAAAUACUCAUCAUAUAUUCCAGAGGGCAUAAUAUGUACCAAAAAUAUGUAAAGCUAAUAGUCAGCAUCAUUUGCAAUACUGCAAAUUGUGUAUUUAUGAAAAGCUAAUCUUACUUUCAACACUAGUAGCUGUCUGUCUCGCUUUUCAUAAAAUAUCAUGUGGAAAUUAAUUUCUGCUUUUGCGUCAUUGCCUCCAUUGACAUGAGCAACAUUUGCUGAGUAUGGAUUUACAUGUACCUGUUAUAAGGUAUAAUACUCCCACAAGUAGAUCUGAGCUAAAAGAUGUGUGCUGGAGAUCUCUGUGUUCAGGAAUACAUCAUUUGGAAAUCACAGAUUGUUGAAAUAAUGCUUUUGUUUUGUGGAGGAUGUAUUUUAGUGCAGUGCCUUGAGCUUAUGCCUGUCAGAGAAUAUCAUAUUUAAGAGGAAUGGGAUUGAAUGGUUGCUCACGGUUUACUCAUAUGAUAGUGGAGAUGUGUGUCUUGCAUUACAAUUUUUUUGUGUUCUGGAAAUGAAUUUAUUUUUUUGUUUUUUUAACAGAUUUCUUUGCUGAUAGGGAAAGAAGGGAGAAUGCUAUUUACACCUUGCUGCCAGUAACUGGUAUACACAUAGUGAUUUUGAUAACAUCAUGGGGAUAUUCCCUGACUACUAGGUGUAGAUGUAAAAAGGUUAGCUGCUGUCAAAGAACUUAUAAAUAAUAUGUAUGGAAAAAAAGAAAAAUUAGGGUGCACCUACAUCAAUAUUUUGUUGUUAAUUCAUAUUACAUUACUUUCUCUAGUAAGAAUCUGGAUAUGUUAACAUUAGCACAUAUUUUUCAAAGAGAGCUUCUGCCUUAAAAUCAGAAAGGCGUUCCAAAAAAAAUCUUCAGUCGAGACUUCCUUUGUGUGAUAUUACAGGUCAGUCCACGUCUUCCAGGUCACUUUUCUUUCCACCAGAGUGUUCAGUAGUGAAACUGAAAGUAGAUGCCCCACCAACUUCCCCCUUGCUCAUGUUUUUACUUUCUUUUAUAGAGAAAACAUUUGAAAGGAGUUAAGACUCCUCUGAGGAUUCCUUGGAUGACUUGCAAUAGAUUUUUUCUUCAACAUUGCAGACAUAAUUUUUGUCACUCCACAGAACAUAUAAUGUAUAAUUCUGAACUUUUUGUUACUACUCGGAACAUAUAAUGUAUCAUUCUAAGCACAGAAGCUGGAGAACACUUUAGACGUCCUUAGUGUUUGAAUUACUAUAGAGUAACAUAGCAGAGCUGAGGUUAUCUCAUUUCCCAACAAGAGGUAAUGUAAUUAGUAUCUGUAAUACAUCACACUAUCUGCUUUAGUUUUGGGCAUUUAUCUGCACAUAUAGCACUUUACAUUGGUUAGGGAAGCAAUGUUUAACUAUUGCAAGGUCUCAACUAAUUGUGUUUCAACGUGUGUAAACAGUAGUGUAAACACUUACUGAUGAAUGAAUUUUUGUUUUUUUGGCUGUACAUUUUGGGGAAUGCAAGAUCUGAUUAAGUGAUUAAUUUUGUUCUAAUACUUUGCUUUGAUACAUAGGGAAGUGGUGGCAUUUUUUAAUGUAAUUGUUGGAACUAGGUUAUUUUGAAUUAACAAUAUUGAUGGGUAAAAGUAAAACUUUUUUUUGUGUGUAUGUGCGUGUGUUUGAGUGUGUGUGUUUGCGUGUGUGUGUGUUUGCGUGUGUGUGUGUUUGCGUGUGUGUGUGUUUGCGUGUGUGUGUGUUUGCGUGUGUGUGUGUUUGCGUGUGUGUGUGUUUGCGUGUGUGUGUUUGCGUGUGUGUGUGUUUGCGUGUGUGUGUGUUUGCGUGUGUGUGUGUGUUUGCGUGUGUGUGUGUUUGCGUGUGUGUGUGUUUGCGUGUGUGUGUGUUUGCGUGUGUGUGUGUUUGCGUGUGUGUGUGUGUUUGCGUGUGUGUGUGUUUGCGUGUGUGUGUGUUUGCGUGUGUGUGUGUUUGCGUGUGUGUGUGUUUGCGUGUGUGUGUGUUUGCGUGUGUGUGUGUUUGCGUGUGUAUGUGUUUGCGUGUGUGUGUGUUUGCGUGUGUGUGUGUUUGCGUGCGGGCAUGUGUGCGUGUGUGUGUUUGUCAGAAAUGUAAUAAUUGCUUAUGUCUGGUGUUAUGAUUUUAACAUUGGAUUGGUUGGUGCUGAAGGUAUUACAUCAGCUGGUUUACUACUGCCGUAUCUUUGGUGUCACAAAAGAGCUGUCACAAUAAAUGUUUAGUUUUGGAUCCAAAGGGCAGUCAUAUCAGAAGUUGCAGAUGGAUUAUGAAAAGGAAUUAGAAUGUUAAUGUCCCUCCCAAAACAAAUCCUGAUGUACAUAAUUUUUGUACUCUAUUAUCUGGUCUUACUACAGAUUUGUGAAUCUGAUGAUCUGCACAGUAGUAGUCAAUAGACUUAAAGCUUGAACGAGGAGGCUGUGAAACUCCUGGUGCAAUCGUGUCCAAAGCUUUUAUGAUAGUCUUGAACAGGAAACAGUCGUAGGUGUAGUGGUGUGCGGAGGAGGAAAGGAGAGGAAGGACUUGUAGGGGGAGGAAGCUUUAGGAAUUGUGACGAGUCGGAAUCUCAUUCGUGUCGCGCUUUCGAUAAGAUGCUCAAAGUAUGAUGUGUGUUAUCUUAUUGGUUGACUUUCUUGCGUGCUGAUACUUCACGAAAUAUUCAUGUCUGACUGGGAUUUUGGGUAUUGCAAGGUAUUUCAUUAUCUUGGGACAUGACCCAUCUAAACGUGCAAAGUGAACAUCCUACAGUUUAAUUUGUGUGUUGGAAGGGAAUCCACUUCCAUUACUAAUAUAGAAUGGGUUUUAAAACUUGUGUGUCAUAUUAUUGUACAAAAGUUUUUUGUAUGUGAGACUGGAAAAAGAAGAGAUUGUCAUGAUUCUAAAGCUCGUCUUCCUCAAUCAUUGUGAUUUUAUGAGGCUUCAUUGUAUUUUUUUUUUAAGCACAUCAUGUAUAUACAAAGUCAUUGAUGCUUAGUGCUUCUCAGAUUUUAGUUUUGUAACAUUCCUUCCUAUAUAGGCCUAUAUAUUUGUAUUUUAACUUGUAUCUUUGUACUUCAUAUACUGCCUAUUAGAAAUACUCAGAGACUCUUAGUUGGAUGAUGGAACAGUUGAUUUAAAAGAAAACAAGAUGUUUGAUAAUUUUGGAAGUGAACUUUCUUACUAUCUACAAAACAUAUUACCAGUUCUUUCUGCUGGAUAAGAAUUUUGAAAUAAAUUCCUUUAUACUUUAUCCCCUGAAGUAUAAUAAUCUCAUGGAAAAGUGUAUCGGUUCUCAAAUGUUUUGAUUAUAUUGUUAAACAUCAAGUGACUGGGCUUUGGUUAUUGUGGUAUUGACAUUCCCACCUUUUCUUGUGCAAGAUACUUCUAGUUCAUGUAAUUUUGCUGAUGACUAUAUGUUUGUACUUUUUAGUAAUGAUCACAUUAUAUGUAUAUGAUUUUAUAUAUCUAUAUAUUUUUAUUAGGUUAGGUUAUAUACUUAUUUGUAAUUUCAAAUUUGUAUCUUUUUAUUAUUUGCAUGUAUAGGUACACUCAUAUUUUUAUUAUUAUUAUUUUUUUAUAGUUUAUCUUAUUUUGAAAGAGAAUUUAUCAAAAUAUUACUUUCUUUAAAUGUUUAAAUAUGUAUUUGUUUCUUACUUAAACCAUUUAUAUUAUCUUGUACUAAUAUGCAUGGUAAUAAAUAUGGCA